UGCGCGGCUAGGUCAUCCGCUCGGGAGCGCGCAUGAGCCCGUGAGCGUGCUGUCACUGGCUGAGAGUGUCUGAGGCACAUAAUCAACAGUUCAGAGGGUGCUAUCAUGGCGACCUUCCAGGAGUUCAUCCAGCAGAACGAGGACCGUGAUGGCGUCCGUUUCAGUUGGAACGUCUGGCCGUCCAGUCGUCUGGAAGCCACACGUAUGGUUGUUCCGGUGGCAUCACUGUUCACCCCUCUGAAGGAACGUCCAGAUCUUCCUCCGAUCCAGUACGAGCCUGUGCUGUGUAGCCGGGCCACAUGUCGAGCCGUGCUCAAUCCGCUUUGUCAAGUGGAUUACAAAGCAAAACUAUGGGCAUGCAACUUCUGUUAUCAGAGAAAUCAGUUCCCGCCGACUUAUGCUGGAAUAUCGGAGGUCAACCAGCCUGCUGAACUGCUCCCACAGUUCUCCACCAUUGAAUAUGUUGUCCAGCGUGGCACACAAAUGCCUCUGAACAUCUUGUAUGUGGUGGACACGUGUAUGGAAGACGAAGAUCUACAGGCGCUGAAAGAGUCUCUUCAGAUGUCCCUCAGUCUGCUUCCUCCCACCGCCCUGGUAGGCCUCAUUACAUUUGGACGGAUGGUCCAGGUUCACGAGCUGGGCUGUGAGGGCAUCUCUAAGAGCUACGUCUUCAGAGGCACCAAAGAUCUCAGCGCUAAGCAGCUUCAGGAGAUGCUUGGGUUGACCAAACCAGUUGCAGCACAAGCAGGUAGAGGUCCACAACAGCCUCAGGUUCCUCCUUCAAACAGGUUCUUACAGCCAGUACAGAAUAUAGAUAUGAAUUUGACUGAUUUGCUGGGAGAGCUUCAGAGAGACCCAUGGCCCGUCACCCAAGGCAAACGUCCACUAAGAUCACUUGGAGUGGCCCUUUCUAUUGCUGUUGGUUUAUUAGAGUGCACUUUCCCUAACACCGGUGCCCGCAUCAUGUCUUUCAUCGGUGGUCCAGCUACUCAGGGUCCAGGCAUGGUGGUGGGAGAUGAACUAAAAACACCUAUUAGAUCCUGGCAUGACAUUGAGAAAGACAAUGCAAAGUUCAUGAAGAAAGCCACUAAACACUAUGAAGCCUUAGCCAACCGAGCCGCCACCAACGGACACAUUAUUGAUAUUUAUGCCUGUGCUCUGGACCAGACAGGCUUACUCGAAAUGAAGUGUUGCACCAACUACACGGGGGGUUAUAUGGUCAUGGCCGAUUCUUUCAACACAUCUCUGUUCAAGCAAACGUUCCAGAGAGUUUUCACGAAAGACGUGCAGGGCUCCUUUAAGAUGGCACUGGCAGGAACUCUGGAGAUUAAGACUUCAAGAGAGAUUAAGAUUUCUGGAGCGAUCGGGCCGUGCGUCUCUCUGAACGCCAAAGGUCCCUGUGUGUCAGAAAAUGAAAUAGGAACCGGUGGCACAAGUCAGUGGAAGAUUUGUGGACUGGACCCAAGUACAACUCUUGCGUUCUACUUUGAAGUCGUAAAUCAGCACAAUGCUCCUAUACCACAGGGUGGACGUGGAGCCAUACAAUACGUGACCCAGUAUCAGCAUUCCAGCGGGCAAAGACGCAUCAGAGUCACCACCAUCGCGAGAAACUGGGCUGACGCUCAGACUCAAAUACAAAGCAUCGCGGCGUCUUUCGACCAGGAGGCCGCUGCCAUUCUUAUGGCUCGUCUAGCCGUUUACAGGGCAGAGACAGAGGAGGGACCUGACGUCCUGCGCUGGCUGGACCGACAGCUCAUCCGCUUGUGCCAGAAAUUUGGAGAUUACCACAAAGACGAUCCCAACUCAUUCCGCUUCUCCGAGACGUUUUCGCUGUAUCCUCAGUUCAUGUUCCACCUGAGAAGAUCUCCAUUCCUGCAAGUGUUCAACAACAGUCCUGAUGAAAGCAGCUAUUACAGACACCAGUUUAUGAGGCAGGACCUGACCCAGUCUCUGAUAAUGAUACAACCCAUCCUGUACGCGUACUCGUUCAGCGGGCCACCAGAGCCGGUGUUACUGGACAGCAGCAGUAUCUUGCCCGACCGCAUCCUCCUUAUGGACACCUUCUUUCAGAUUCUGAUAUACCACGGAGAGACGGUGUCUCAGUGGCGUAAAGCCGGAUACCAGGACAUGCCCGAGUAUGAGAACUUCAAGCACCUGCUGCAGGCUCCAGUGGACGAUGCCCAAGAGAUUCUUCACAGCCGCUUUCCCAUGCCACGCUAUAUAGACACAGAGCACGGAGGCAGUCAGGCCCGUUUCCUCCUGUCCAAAGUGAAUCCUUCUCAGACACAUAACAACAUGUACGCAUGGGGUCAGGAGUCCGGCGCGCCUAUUCUUACAGACGACGUGAGUCUUCAGGUCUUCAUGGAUCAUCUCAAGAAGCUGGCGGUGUCCAGUGCUGCCUAGAAAGCCUGAAUAUCCACCGUUGUACCAAUCCUUUGCCCGGCAGCACAAAGUCAGCACAUUAGCAUUGUUGCCUGUUUUCCAUUGUGCGUAUAUGAAGCCCAGACCCUAGAAAGAUUGAAAUGAUGACAAAAAACGGCAAAUUCCACACCCUCGUAACACUACAUAUACAUCAGAACAAGCUAUACAUUACUGUUUUUUGACUAAAUUCAGUGUUACAUGUGUAGUGGCCACAUUUAAAUCUGAUGUUUAUGUUAACAAAGCUCUGUUAUGAAACCUCAAGUUGAACGGAGGAGGAAACUAGGUCUUGUAUGCAAGCACACCUGCAGAUGAUGGUUCUGUUAGUCCAGGAGAGUGAACGUGGUGCCGGCGUAGCCAAUUAAACAUAAGAGCUUCAACGCUGCCUCUAGCCGACAGCACAGAACAACGCUUUAUUUUUAGACUCCGUACGCGUCCCGCCGACGUUCUUCUGUUUCGGUACAGUCUUUUUCCAAACAGACUUGCGGAAUGUGAAAGCUGCCUCUCCGUCUGCUGCUCUGAUAUUUAUGAUACGUUUGUGGCAGUAUUUGAAUGUUUUGUUUCUAAUAAAAGCGGCUUCAUCACACCAGCUGGCCUGCCGUGUUCAGAUUUUGUGCAACAGAAGCUGAAAAAGAAUGGCUUGCUGUGUCACUCUUGCCUUUCGAGUCACAAUCCCGUCGGUCUCAAAGGACACGGAAAGCAUCUGCGUAUCUUGUCUUAAAGCAACAGUUCACCUGAAAAUCACAGUUCUGUCACUGUUUACUCACCCGUGUGUCGAUGCAAACGCACUCGGCUCGUUUCUUCUGUGGUGCGUGGAGCUGUUUUGUUUUCAUACAGUUUAAGGCAGAAUCUCUGCAAAAAUAAGCAUGAGAAAUAUCUUUAUCUGAGAAAUUGAUUCAAUUAAAGUUAAAUAAACAUCUUGAUCUUCAUCAUAACCCUUUUACACCAUGUGUGUGGUUGUUUUCAUUACUGGCCACAUGGGAGCAGCAAUUAACUAAGAGAGCAAUGCUGUGCAAAUAUUACUUUUUCAGAUGCAUGUUCAUUUUUAACCUCCUGCAGCAUUUAAUCCAGACUUCUGACAUCUAGGUUUCAUGAAAAGACAAUUGCAGAAUGGUGACUCAAGCGUUUAUUAUCAGAACGUGUUAUUCCCACUAUUUUGAAGUCUGUGAUGGUACUUGAUACUUGAAUAGAUCAACCUGUCAGAUAUGCAUGACUUCAUAUUUAUUAAAUUAAUUCAUUAGGCAGUGUGUAUGAAAGAAAUAUUACUUACACCCCUGAGCAGUGUCAUCUAUACUCAUCCUGUAAUGCAUUCUCACACCAGUUGUGGCUGUGAAUUGUUCUUUAUCUUAACACGUGCAUUCCUCUUCUAAUCAAUAAUAAGAAUAAAUAAUAAUACAUUUUAUUUAUAAUGCGCUUUUCAUCAAAAGAUCUCAAAGUGCUACAGAUUUAAAAACAACUAAAGGGGGGCAAAAGCUUUGUUAAAAAGAAAUGUAAAUGAUUUAUUUAAAAAGGUCCACUAAUCGGUGGCGCAAAUUGUAAAAGGUAAAAAUAAAAUAAAAAGAUUUGCUUAAAAACUUUACGGCUCAUUACAGCUUUGGUUGAUAUCUUAAAUAUACUCUAAUAUUUUCUUACAUUGGAGUGAUCGACACCUCCGUCAACACAUUCAGAUGCAGGAUCAGAUUAGCACAACGUGACACUUUAUUUUAAGAAUCGUAAGAAUAAAAUGUGCUGAAACAAGUAUGUUACCCUGGAGACAACGCAAAGCAGACAUGGGUGAAAAAGUUUCCCAUUUUUAGCCAUGAUAAUCCAAAUCAGAAGCGCUGCAUGACAUACAGCUUGCAGGCAUCGAGGGUGAAAAGAACAGUAUAGAAUCUAUGAAAAAUAAAUGUGAACCUUUUUUUGAAAACAGACUUUUACUUGCAUCAUUGUUAAAAGAUGGAAAAAACAAACACCGCAUUAGAAAUGAUGUUGCGUGCAGUGUCUUGUAAACGUUAAAGGGAUAGUUCUCCCAACAAUAAAUAUUAAUUCAUCAUUCAUUGAUCUUCAUGUCAUUCUAAACCUGCAUGGCUUUCUUCAGAAUAACACACAAAAAAAGAUAUUUUGAAAUACGUUGAUAACCAAACCAAACAUCUGCGGCAUUGACUUUUAUUGUAUGGACACAAAACCAUUGAGACAUUUCUCAAAAUAUCUUCCACAUAAGAGUUAUGUACCGGUUUUGAACAGCAUUUUUGGGUGAACUCUCCCUUUAAACUUACUUUUAAUUAUUAAAUGAGGUCUUUACAAGGACCGCUUCAUUUGGUGCUAAAUAUAUAAGUGCAAUUUUAAAAUAUGCAUUACAUUUAAAAAGCAAUAUCUCCAGACUCCUCAGAAGCUGAUUGGCUGUAAUACAUCCAGCUGCUCAACCCUCACACAGACGAUUCAUGUGAGCUGAAGCAGAGAUUCACUGAUCGAAGAUUCCCCACAUAUCUCUUACAUAGAAUAUGUUUGUUUACAUAAUCGCCAUUCAUUCAUGCGUAUGCGUGGGUUCUGCGUGCCAGUGUACGUCACAGCCUGUGGAAAAGAUUUAAAGAGUAAAUGAUUGUAUUAAAGCAGUAGUCUGAAAUAUCUAAUAUGUGCAUUCUAAUUUCUUUACACGGUUAAACGUGCUGGCUUCUCAAGCUUAACAUGGUCAACUUGUCAAAAAACAAGUUGAAUGUAUGACGUAGUAUUUCUGUGCUCAAUUCACUCCGGCAGAAUUCGGAAAGUUUUUUUUGAACAUGGAUUCCCAUCUCGUAACAAGGGUUCUUAGUCCCUCAUUGGACAAUUCUCCCGGAAAAGCACGCCCAAGCAUCAUCCAGCGAGAGAAAGAGCACGCCCAUCAAUGCCGCUUCACUCGACUGAUGGAAGUUUAGCUGUGUUUGUUUGCUCACUGCAUUUCGGUGAUGAAUGUUAUAUAAACGGUGGAUUUGGAGAUCGUUUGAAACCGAUAGAUGGCGCAGCCCCAGUGCUAAAAGAUGCCGGACUUGAACCGCACGUGGUGAAUCAAUGCGAUGAUGUGUUGUGUGCUCGUGCUGUAGUCAUGCCUCCCCCCUGCACUCCUCCAGGCGCUCGUCUUUUUCCAGAAACAAUCGUACAGCUGUAUCUCUCUUUUAUAAAUUUGAUCAAACUAAAUACUCUUCGAAGAUACAAAGUAUGCAAUACUACUGUAUAGGUACUCAAGAUUAAUAUGAGAUCGGCAGAAACUGCGUGUGUGCAACCGGUUAUUUAAUAGCUUUUCAAGAAGCAGCUACGUUGUCCUUGCAAUCAACUGUCUGUCAUCUGUAACGCCGUCAGUACAGCUGAAUGUUCUCUCUAAUGUCACAAAAAGAAGCAGAGGUUUCUCCUGCAUCAGCAGCAAUGGCUGCCAAGAAAUCUUGCAGCACAAACUAUAAACUGUCAAGAAAAAAGAAAGAUUGUAUAUAAAACUGUAAAUAUAGUAUUAACGAUACAGUAGUGGCCAAAAGUGAUGUCCAAAGAGGGGCAUGUUUGUACAGUCCUCGCUAAACCAAAUUAUUUGGCAAAAAAGCAAAACUACUAACUUAACAUUUUUUUAUAUUUGUUAAUUCUCUCGUAAUAUUUAGUAGUCAUUCUCAUUGGCCUUGACUCUGUAUUUUUUUCCAAAUCUAAGCUUUAGUUUAUACUCCAAGUACAACUAUGCAACAUAAAUACAACAUUUUUAAUGCAUUUUAAAUGAAAUAUUUAAAUAAAAAGCAAGGACCUCAAUUGUCUAAAGUUGGACGUUUCUUUUUGCCACUAUUGUUUUAAAUACAUAUACCUGUAAUUUAAGGGUGUAAUCAUACAAGUGUGUUCAUGUAUGAAAAACAUGUUUACAAAUGAGCACAAUAUCAAAACGUUAAUCUUCAGUAGCUUAAUACACAGCGUAAAGAGAAGUGUGCAUGUUAUGCUACAGGUCGCUUUAUUUAUUUUUAAAUAAAAUCCACAUACUUAACAAUAAAUUGCUGUUAAUGCUUCCAUGGUGAUCCUGCCAUCCAGGUUAUUUUUUAACAUCCAAUUACCUGAGAAGUUAAUCUCUGGCUCCAGCUUUAACACCUAACACUUUUGUUUCACAAUGUCACCGAGAGAACAGCGGGGACAAGUGAAAUAUAUUUAAAUCUGUACUGUUUGUCAUUAGAGAAUAAAAUGCAAUUAACUGUGCGAAUGCAGUUGAAGUCACUGGGGUUCAAGCGUUCGUCUGUGAAAAUGGCUUUGUUUCACUGUGAGCUUCAUGGUGAUGGAAAAUAUUUUAAACCUGACAAGAGUUUAUUACAUCAUAACACGACUGUCAGAGCUUUAUGAUAAGGGUUUUUAAUAUAACCUACACCACGAAGAGCAUUUCUGGAAAGACAUGUUAUGGAAAUGUAUGCUUUGUUACAGUGUUGAAUGUAAAGAAGCGACUGAUGACAUUUUUCUGAGAAUGUAGUGGCAUGUUCAUGUACUAUCAAGAUUUACAAUGGGAACCAUAGUAAGCUUAAUCACGUCAUUGUUAAUAUAUUUCAGAAACCAUUGAUUUAUAAUUAUGCCUUGUAAUAAUAGAUUUGAUUUACAUUACGUUGCUGCCAAGUAACUAAACAUCAAUUUAAGUACAUUGCAUUUACGCAAGCAAAAGACACUUUCCUCACAAAGCCAUACUUCUUUAUUUCAGGUGACAUAAACCAGAAUAUAUUUAAGAAAUUAUAAAAAUGAAGAUCAAGAAAAAGCAUUUAAAAAGAUUGUUAAACAAGCUCUCAAGUUUGUGUAUAUUUCAGAGAAUUGUGAGCCAGAUAUUUUUUUUUCAGUAUUAUAUUAAAACAUUUUUUCAAAACAAUGCAAGUCUAAUGCAGGUCCACAGGCCUCAGUGGGUCUGUUGUUGAACAGAACAGAGGCAGGUCACCACACUGCUCCUGACGUGAUCAAUCACCGGCCGUCGAAAUGUCCAGAGACAAGCGUUCCAAUGAAUGAGCAUCAUUUCUCCAAUAAGCAGCGCGUGAAACUGAAAACUCGCUCACCGGUGUGAUUGACGGUGUAUUUCAGCGCACCAUCCCUGACACUUAGUUUAGAGAAUUUAGAGAAUGAUUGAGAUCUCAUUAUUACCUCAAGUCCUGAUUCUAAGAGUUCUUAAUAAGAAAAGAUCUCACAUGUCUCCUAAGUUAUUAGAAAAGUUCUCAAACUACAAUUUCGAAUACAUUUGCUAAGUUACCAAGGUCUGGUAAUCACAGAUUUCUUAGUCUUCUUAUUUCUUUGCAAAUUUUAAAAUAUAAAAUGAUUUAUGACAUUUUUGCUCUGCACAUUCAUUAUAUAUCCGUCUGCCUUCUGUAUUUACGCAACCGUCUUAUUUGAGUCUGUGUUCAUCUCUAUCAAAGUGAAAAGCAUCAGACACAAACCUGACCUUCAAAGGAAUAUUUCAACAAAAUUAAAAAAACUUUCAUUAUUUGUUUACCCCCAUGUCAUAAAAACCUGUAUAUGAGUCUUUUUUCUGUAGAACACAAAAUAAGAUAUUUUGAGAAAUGUCUCGAUGGUUUUGUGUCCAUACAAUGAAAGUCAAUGGGGGCCUGUAAUUUCCCAUCAUAACAGUUUAAAAUGUGGCAAAAUAGAGUUGAGUAUAUUUCAUAAGGCACCAGUGCCGACAGCAUAAAGACAGUGCUUGCAGGGGGAUUUAUUUUUUUGUUCUGUAUUGUAUAGGAAAGUGUUACUCGUGGCAUCCACAUAUCAUAAAUAGAUACUUUUUACGUUUAUGAUUACGUUUACUUAAUAAUUUAUGCAUGGCUGAAAUAAAAUCUUUUGAUAGUCCAAUAAAAUAAUGAAUGAAAAGAUCAGGGUAUUCCAAUUCAUUCGUCACAUUAGAAAUGUAAGGUCAAGCCAAGCGCAAUGCAUUGUGGGAUACAGCAUUGCAUGCAGUAAACAGCAGGUCAAAUCCACAUGCACGCUGCAUAGAGUGCAUACUGUCAAAACAGUGCAAGUUGGUAGUAUGCGGUUUUGAACAGGUUUUGGAAAUGCAUAAGAAUCGUCACAGUUUUAAAGGUAAGAUUUUUCAUUGGAAAAUAAAAAAUACUACACAAUCUCACGGCAAAAACGUAACUAUUUUACAAGGUAAUUUUGGCUAAUUCGUAUAAUUUCGUACAAUGUCAUUCAUAUAUUUUAGUACGAUUUGCUUUGGCGUCAGUGACGUGAGGUUUAGGGGCAGGGUUAGGGGUGGAGCUUCAGUAUAGCUUUUUUUCUAGAAAUCAUACGUUUGUGUGUGAUUCACAAUGUACGAAUUCAUACGAAUUAGCCACCAAAAUAGUUACGAAUUCCUGUGAGAUCACGUUGAAAAAUAUUGAAUAGUAUUUGCUUUAAAGUGCAUAUUGCUAUCAAAAACCGAAUGACUUUUAAAUUACUCCUCUUUAUUCUGUAAAGAAUAAUUCUUCUGUUUUAUAUAAUUUUCCAGGUUACUGACUGGAGUUUAGGAAAUAUAUAAACAGUGUUGGUUUUCUGCUGUGCCGACACUGCCCGUUCCUAAAGGACAGCACGUGUUAAAGGCCUCUCGGCGGGUUAUUCUGACAUUAGACCGAGCUAAUGAUGUGUGAACCGUCAGUUAUUGUGCCCUGUGGUCCAGCGGCGCCGCUCUCUCACCAUCCUCACAGUAGUAGGUCAGUUUAAUCACAAGAUGUGGCGCUUGACUAACAGGCUCACAUUUCACCCCACAUUGGAAUGGAGUCAUACAGCUUCAGACAGAUCUACAGACUGUCCUCGCACUCCAAACACUGUGAAGGCUUUGUCUUUUUUUAUAAAUGUGCAUGUGUGUUUCGACAAAACCUCAGCUGAUGGAAUGGCAAUCUGAAGUAAUAGCUUAAUGGCUUUCUAUUUGCUAAUGUUGGAGGUGCAUGUUUUGCUCGGAUGAAGCUCAAUUAUUUGGAUGAUUCUCUCCUAGUAGCAGUGAUUACUAGUCAUUUUACUUCACUUCCAUUUUUAGCUCCAACUACCUGCUACAAAACAACACCAGAGCACCAAAUGAAGAGAGUAAAGAUAUUUUCUCAACACAAAGACUUUAUUUGAAAUGAUUACACGGCUUUAUGGAAUACUUGAUUCUGAUUGCUCAGUCAUGCCAUUAAAAUGAUUUACUGCUCAUAAUGCAAGUCAUCUUGACUGAUACCACUCAUGUUUAAUGUAAAGCCCUGCUGUAUUUUCUCAUACCAAGUUUACAUUUGUCACAAAUAAUUAAAAU